AUGUGUAAACACAUUCUCAACGCCCAAGUGGCCAUUCGCUCUCCGUGCUGUCGCAAAUGGUUUGACUGUGCCGAGUGUCAUCAAGAGCAGGAGUCACACAUGCUGCAGAAGGCUCAGGAGAUGAUAUUUGCAUGCAAAAAGUGUAAGAAGUGCUUCCGUAAGGACGCUGCCGAGUUCGAGGAAAGUGAUGAGUAUUGCCCACACUGCGAUAACCACUUUGUUCUUGAGGCUGUGACUCCCACCCCUACUCUCCAAGUGGAGGGUGAAGACGCUCGCAUGGACAACCGAAUGCUCAAGGACGAUCGUGUUCGCGGUGACCAAGAACGGUCCCUCUUCAAGCUGCGUGAUGUAUCUGAUCGCAUGGGUUAA